UUUAGAAAGUUUGGCUAGUAGUUUUUUGGCCUAUAUUAUAAAACUUUAUCACACGGCUUUAUGGAAUACUUGAUUCUGAUUUGCCAAUCACUUGAUAGCGAUCAAAUAUUUGCAAAUAUUAAUGAGACGCUGAAUAACAGACCGCUCGACCGUUAAACCGUUUCAUAGCUUUGUGUCACUACAGGUUAGCAAGUAAACAACACAACAAUAUAUUUGUUUGUAGACAUAAGCCUAUAAGCGGGAUAAUGUUUAAAAUGUCGGUUACCCGCUUAACAAAGUCGUUCAGGAGUGUAACCGACUAACUACACAAGGCUUGCACAUUAAACUUAAAUUUAGCCUAUACCCUUUAAAUUUUAAAUAUAAAAUGUUUAUAUAAAAUGCCACCCAGCAAUGCUCAGUCUGUUUAAAUGGUAGUGGUUCCCCGAGACGUUCAUUCACGGUAAGAGCAAGGUGAUAUUUGAAGGACUAGUGAUGUAUGGCCCGUGUGAGUUAUGGCUUGUCACUCCAGUCUCCAGAGGCGAGGGGACGGGAGGCUGCAAGCCCGUACUUCUAGCUGUUCGCCUGGGCUGUCCGUGGGAACGCAAACGGCAGUAGUUUUGCGGGAACGUCAGCGUAAAAUGCCUUGAUACUAUAAUAAACGAUAAUGGGUCCGGAAAAGUAUGGUUUAGAACUGCCUUUGCGCACGGUGGAUGUGUCCGGCCCGUCUCCAACUAACAGAGCAGAAGAAACGGAGCUGUGCGGAGAGAGUCACUCAGAGGAUUCGCUUGUGAUGCCCGCUGACUGCGAUCUGUGGAGGGUGAAGAUGCCUUUUCACCAUGUGAGAGCAGGGCUGCUCUACACAGACAACUUCCUGAGCACCUCUCUCUCUGAAACCAGUGAAGAACAGCUUGCCAACAUCUCCACAGAGGAGCUUGGUGAGAUUCGUGAGGCGUUCCGAGUUUUAGACAGGGAUGGGAAUGGAUUUAUCUCAAAGCAGGAGCUGGGUAUGGCCAUGCGCUCUCUGGGGUACAUGCCCAGUGAAGUGGAGCUGGCUAUUAUCAUGCAGAGACUGGAUAUGGACGGUGAUGGACAGGUGGAUUUUGAUGAAUUUAUGACAAUAUUGGGACCUAAACUCGUCUCUUCUGAAACCAGAGAGGGCUUCUUAGGCAGCACUAUAGACAGCAUAUUCUGGCAGUUUGACAUGCAACAGAUGUCCCUGGAGGAGCUCAAACAUGUCCUGUUCCACGCCUUCAGAGACCAUCUCACCAUGAAGGACAUCGAAAAUAUUAUCGUCACAGAGGAAGAGAGCUUGAAGGAGAACUCAGGAAACUGCCAGACCGAAUUUCAGGGAGUGCAUUCGAAAAAGAAGAAUCGUCAGACAUGUGUCCGCAAGAGCCUCAUCUGCGCUUUUGCAAUGGCCUUCAUCAUCAGCGUCAUGCUCAUCGCAGCCAAUCAGAUGUUGCGGAAUGGCAUGGAGUAGCCCCGCCCACUGUGAACCCUGGUUGAUCUGACCUCUGCUUAAGAAACAUGCAUUAAAAACUCCACUUUCUUUUAGUUUGAAGAGUGUUGGGGAGACCACAGUGCAGAGGAUGUGAAUCCCAAGCCAGUUUUCUCUCUUAUAUUUAUUAUGUCGAUUGUGAUUGUGACAGACAGAAACAACAGUGAGGAAUGUCCUCCAUCAUCAGCUUGACAGGGACAUGCAAGGGCUCCUCACUGAAUAUCAUUUAAUGCAAUAACAUGCCGUGUCCCUCUGCGCUGCGUGUUUUUCUCAUUCCCCGUCUUUGAAAGGUGACGACUCAGAUGGGAACGAUGAGGAGUGAUUGGCAGCCUGUCCAACAGAGCCACCGCAGGAUGUCUGGCAUCAAGAGUGUGUGCAUGUUCAUCUCAAAUGCAAUGUCCGAUUUGUUCUGAGCCUUACUGUGUUGAAGCUCAUUUAUGGAAAUCAUUGAAGAUAUUUUUUAGUGUUGAAGGGACUGUUGGGUAUUUUGGAAUAGCAUACGACCAUACUAUUACUUUUACAGUAUGCAGUAUACUGUGUACAGAAUGCAAAGAAAACCACUAUCACCAAAAUAUGCAGGAUACAACCUGCAUGGAAACUGUAUCCCAUAAUCCAUCUGAUGUGAUGAAUGAACCAGAAGCUAUUCAGCUGAUUUUUAACAUCUCCUUCUUUGGUUGGACUGUCAAUACUUGCCAUAUUUCCAAGGUGAGGCAAGUUUAUUUACAUUACAAUAGCAUAGGGGGAGAGGGAGACAUUUAAAACAAGUAAAACAAAAUAUUUCAACAUCAUUUAAGAACAUCAAAAUGAGUAAGGUAAGAAAGAAACAAGAAAUAAAAGUUUAAAAUGAUAAUUGGAUAGCAGUCGCUGAACUAAACAUGUAGUGUGGUCAAAUUAAAUGACAACAGCAUCAAAAAAUAGUAAGACGUACACUACCGUUCAAAAGUUUGGGGUCACAACGAUUUUUACAAAUAAAAAAAAAAAAAAAAUACUUCUAUUCAGCAAGGAUGCAUUAAAGGUGCAGUAAGCAAUUUCUGAGAAACUGCUGAUAUUUGAAAUCAGCCCAAACACACACUCCCUUCAUUGCUUCGGCCCCAAAAUACACAAAUACACAAUGCAAGAGUGGAUGCCUCUUUAUCAUAGCUGAAGUGAAGCAAAAUAAUGAAAAAAAUAAAGUCAAGAUUAUUAGCGAACGACAAGGAAGAACAAAAAAUGAACACACAGUACACAAGAGUAUAUAUAUAAGCAAGAGUUUGUUGUUAGUCGACAGCAGCAUGCAGCUCCAAACAAACAAUGACACUCAAAACCAAUGUUACUCACAUAUGGAGCAGAAACAAUGCAACCUCAGAGUCCGUUUUCAGGCCUUCCCGCUUAUAGGUCUCUCCAGCCCUAAAAAGCUUUUCUAAUAUUACCAUGGGUCCUAAAGCUCUUGUCUGAUCAUAACCCUUCUUUUCCCACUGAUAUUCCUCUGACCUUUUCUCUUUUGUAAUGUCUCUACAGUCUUUCUUCAAAUCUCCCUCUUGCUCACUCUCUUUCCUCCCCCAUUAUGAGUGGACACGCCCCCGCUGCUGAUUGGCUACAAGUGUGUUGCGGUACAAAGUCUGAACCACUUUCAACAGUAGCCGGGUUUUCAUUACAGAUUUGCGCAAAACUUUUGCAAUAUUUUCUAAAUGUCGAUAAAAAACUAUUGCGAAAUGAUGGCAUUUCCAUUAACCGACGUAAUUCUUUCCUCUCGCGACAAGUCAUUCCAAAAAUCAUGAAAAUGGAUGUUAGUAGGUUUAAGUAUAUAGCAGCCACUGCACUAGCCAUUAUUUUUAAUCAAAGGAGACGUAGGUGUGUUAUCCAGGCAUUAAUGGCAAGGAAAGGCCCUUGGGAACGGCUGCAUAUUAAGUGUUUCUGGGUGUUUCUCCCUCCUAUCUGCUUUGAGGUCUUGAGGUUUCUUUGUUGUUUUUGUCAGUUUAAUAAAGAGCUCUGUCUCGUCUUCUGUCAAAACAUACCCGCGCCAUCUUUAAAGAAUGAUCGACUUUUACGUACUCCAGGUGACCUGUAAAUGCGAAAAAAUUGUUUCCAUUGCAAUUUUGAGAAAUAUUCCUUUUUCAAUUAGCUGAAAAACCACCUCAUGCAAGCGUAAAAACUUUUUUUUUUGUGAUCUAUGAGAGUUUUUGCGAAUUUGACGUGUUUCCAUUGGGCGUAUUUUCAAUUCGCAAUUUCAGUUUGCGCAAUUUGAAGGGUAAUGGAAACUCAGCUAGUGUUUCUCAGAAAUUGCUUACUGCACCUUUAAAUUGAUCAAAAGUGACAGUAAAGACAUUUAUGAUGUUACAAAAGAUUCCUGUUUCAAAUAAAUGCUGUUCUUUUUAACUUUCUAUUGUCAAAGAAUCCUGACAAUCUCAGUUUCCACAAAAAUAUUAAGCAGCACAACUGUUUUUAACAUUGAUCAUGUGACACUGAAGAAUACUGGAGCAAUGGCUGCUGAAAAUUCAGGAAUAAAUUACAUUUUAAAAUAUAUUAAAAUAGAAAACGGUUAUUUAAAAUUGUUAUAAUAUAUCACAAUAUUGCUGUUUUCCUCUAUUUCUGAUCAAAUAAAUGCAUCCUUUGUGAGCAUAAGAGACUUCUUUCAAAAACAUUUUAAAAUCUUACUGACCCCAAACUUUUGAAUGGUAGUUUAUUGUACCCAGCCUGUUUUCUCAUUGUUUGCUUCAUAACUUGAGUUACAAAUGCUUUGUGGCUGUACAUUAACAAAUUCCAUAUUCUGCAAAGCAAGUGGGAUGAAUUAAAUUCCACACAACUCCAUUUUGUGGAACACCUUGUGCAUUAUGUGUAAACAGAGUUGUCGUUUUAUAUGGAAAUUAGAAGUCUGUUUGUUUGUUUCAUUCAUUCAAUUACCCAGUAAUCUCUUAUUUUGUGUGUCUACACAGAAGAAGAGAGUAUAAUACUCUCUUUGAUUUAACAUAUAGUAUCAAGGUCUUCUCAAUGUCUGCAUAUACUGUCUGGUUUAAAUAUAUGACACUGAACUUCUGCGGAAGUGUCUAUGCUACAUAGUUGGACUUUUUGGUCCAUUUUGAGUUUUUAUUCACUCUCAGGUUUAGAGAGUCAGUGAAUGCAACAUAAAUUGCUCUGAAUCAACCAGAAGUAAACUGGUCAAUCUCUAAAAUAGCACUUUUUCUUUUACAGCUAGAGUCUAUGUGUGUAAUAUAAGUAUUUGUCUACCUGUUUGUCUAUAUAUUUAUAAUGUGUGAGCACAUCAGUCUCCUUCCCUGUGUCCCUUAUUAUUAUGUAUACUUAACAGCUGUUUGUCACACUCCCCUGUAUAUUGCAUGUGUAUUUAUGCAUAUAGUGCCACACAAAAGAGUCGUCCGUUUGACUGUCAUGUUUGCAUGUUCAGAACACUAAUGCAGUGCUUUUUCAAUGUCUGUACUGUUUGCAGGCAUUUGCUGAGAGCAUAAGUCUAAAUGUCUGAACUCCCAUUGUUUCCUUCCUGUGAGCAAAUCUUAUCUGAAACAGUACCAGCAUUCUGUGCCAAAAUACACUGCAAAAGAAAAGCGGAUUAUUGGGAACAGUUUACUGGACAAAGUUCCUGUCAGUUUUCCAGAAUGUCACAGAAUGGCUUGAUUGAGGACUGGUGCUUUUUAUUCUGUCAGUCUGUGCUUUGGAAUGAGGAAACCUCUGAAUCGAAGGCUCCAUCUAGUGGGCUAAAAGAUUAGAGGUUGUGAUGUGACAGUGGUAAAGAAGGAGAGUUACUUUUAGCAUUGUGAAGUGACACUAGAAAAGAAAAAAGAAACAAGUAACUUUUACCAAAAAUAAGUUGGAAACAGGAGUGUAAUUCAGUGUAAAUUCCAUAUAUACAGUACCUGUCAAAAGUUUGGAAACAUUACAAUUUUAUUCAUCCAGGAUUUAUUAAUUUGAUCAAAAGUGACAGUGAAGACAUGUAUAAUGUUACAAAAGAUUUCUAUUUAAUAAAUGCUUUAAACAAUUUAAUAAAUGCUGUUCAUUGAACUUUCUAUUCAUCAAAGAAUCCUGAGAAAAGUAUCAAUUUCCACAAAAACAUUAAGCAGCAAAAACUGUUUUCAACAUUAAUAAUAAUAAUAAUAAUAAUAAAUGUUUCUUGAGCAGAAAAUCAGCAUAUUAGAAUGAUUUCUGAAGGAUCAUGUGACACUGAAGAGUAACAAUGCUGAAAAUUCAGCUUUGCCACCACAGGAAUAAAUUACAUUUUAAAAUAUAUUAAAAGGGAAAACAGUUAUUUUAAUUUGUAAUAAUAUUUCGCAAUAUUACUGUUUUUACUGUAGUUUUGAUUAAAUAAAUGCAGCCUUGGCGAGAAUGAGACUUCUUUCAAAAACAUUAAAAAACUGUAAUGUUUCCAAACUUUUGACAGGUACGGUAUCAAUUUAAAGUGUUACACCUUGUUAUUUUAAUAUGUUAUAAGAAUAUUUGCUUUGCUAUUUCUUUCAAAUAUCACAAAGGCAGAUUGGUGGACUAAAGUUUAAAAAUGUCCAGCACCAUUUUUACUAGCCGUUAGUCUAUGUAUUCCUCCGCUUGUUGCCAUUUUGUUGUUAGAAUAUACAAUCUAUAUAUAUAAAAACCCCUCUAGUUUAUGGGCAUUUUGAAAAUAUAAAUUGGUCCAGGUUUUAUUUAAAACUGUAUUUUAUAUUUUGUUGAUUAAUAAUAUUUAUGUUUUAUAUCGGUAUUUUAUUUUGAUUAUUUUCUAAUCUUGCAAAGGUUGAUGGAAUUUUUAAAUUAAUUUACUCUCAAUCCAGAUCCUAACUUUAUCUGAAUUUGAAGCAUGCCAAAUAAAUUUUUAUAUGUAUGUAUUUUUAUGGAUUAUAUCAAAAGAAGGAUUAUUAAUAUGCAAAACAGUAUACAUAAUGCAUGCAGGAUGUGGAUUGACAGUCGGAUUACAGCAAUAUGGUUUCUAAACAAAAAUGUAUCAUUACAUGUAAAGAAUAUGAAUAAAAGAAAAUUAUUUAUUGAACAUGACAAUAAACAUAUCUUUGCAUCCAACAA